AUGGAGCCCCCAGGCAAGCAGCCCCCACCAGAGCUUUCCCCAGAAGAGUCCCUGCCUGAGGACUCGGGCCUCGAGGAGGCUCCCAGCAUGCACACCCUCUAUGUGGGCCACCUGAACCCCCAGUUUUCAGUGCCCGUGCUCACCUGCCUGCUGCGAGACACCCUGGAGCGGCUAGAGCUGCCGGUGGCACGGGAGCACAUCGAGGUGGUGAGGCGGCCACAGAAAGCCUAUGCAUUGGUACAGGUGGCCACCCACAAGGCCACCCUGGCCUCCCUCCCUUGGCGCCUGCACAAGGCCUUGGAGGAGCACCUGAUCCUCAAGGAGCUUGCAGCCCGGGGGAAGGAGCUGGUGUUGAGAGAGAAGUUAAACCACAGAGAGGAGAUUGUGGGCCUGGAGCGGCUCUUCCAGGGAGCCUUCCUGGGCAGUGAGACACGCAACAUGGAGUUCAAGCGGGGCAGUGGCGAGUACUUGAGCCUGGCCUUCAAGCACCAUGUGCGGCGCUACGUGUGCGCCUUCCUCAACAGCGACGGCGGCAGCCUGCUGGUGGGCAUUGAGGACAGUGGCCUAGUGCAGGGCAUCCGCUGCAGCCACCGUGAUGAGGACCGCACGCGCCUGCUGGUGGACUCCAUCCUGCAGGGCUUCAAGCCCCAGGUCUUUCCCAAUGCCUACACCCUCACCUUCAUCCCUGUGAUCAGCACCUCCACGGCCGGCGUCUCCCUCAAGGUGAUCCGCCUGACAGUGCACACCCCCAAGGCCCAGAGCCAGCCACAGCUCUACCAGACGGACCAAGGGGAGGUAUUCCUGCGGCGUGAGGGGAGCAUCCAGGGCCCACUGUCGGCCAGCGCCAUCCAGGAGUGGUGCCUGCAGAAGUGGAUGGGAGAGCUGGACGAUCUGAAGGAGAAGGUGAAGGUGUUGACGGUGGAGAAGGAGCAGCUCCAGCAGCAGCUGCAGCGGCCCUGGCCCAUCUCCUGCACCUGCUGCGUCCUGUGAUGGCCCCAGUGAGCAGGGAGGACAGUGCAGCGCUCUCCACAGGGAGAUGCAGCGAUUUCCUAUUUGAAUCUAAGUCUUACCAAUAAAACCCAUCUGGGCUGCUCAGUGGUGGACAGGAGCUCUAGUUUCCUCUUUCCAACACUGCACACAGCUGGUGCCCACAUGGCUUCUACCCUCAGCAGAUCCCAGUCCAUGUGGCUAAGAAAUUGCUCUCAGCACGACCCCCAAGGAAUCUUACUCUCAGAAAGAACUUGUAAAAAACUUGGCCAGAGUUACUCUAGGGCUGAGCUGUAAGGGGCUGUCCCUCUUCCUAAAAUGCUCAUUUUUCCCAGGCUGGGGUCUAUGACUCCAGUUAGCUAGACAGUGCCAGAAAAGAAUUUGUCAUCUUGGAAAAGCCCCUCCCAGAUGGUGAGGCAUAGUUGGUAACUGUGGUUACAGGGCAAACAGGCCACCCUGCAGCCCCCAACCCUGACUUGCUGGAACUUGGGAUUACCAAUGCUCCCUAAUAAAUUAAAUGCUCCUGGGGCAAGAAUGGUUAUUUCUAGGACACUUGGUCUGCCGGUUAGAUGCUACUGGGUCGAGUCCCAAUCCCAGCCCACUUCUGUCCAGGAGACAGAGCCAACCCUGGGCUCCUACCACACAAAGCUUUGGGGGAAAGAAGCCUGGAUGGCCAGGCUCCAGUCCAGCUCUAUCUUAAAGACCAGGUGCCUUGGGGCAAAGUGCUUUGCCUCUUUGCUUCAGUUCUUCACUCCUAAGAUAGUGACAGUGGGCAGGGGCAAAGGCAUUUUGUCCUCAGGCCAGUGUCCUGUGUCUCUGCCGGCCAUGACACAGGAAGGGUCUGACUUCCAUUCCAAACCCCCUCCAGCCACUGAAGAGGAUUCCUGCUCUGGCCGUUUCCCUCGCCAUCUCCAGCUGAGCCAGAGACUGGAAAGCCAGAGUCUGAUCAUGCUGUGCCUGUGCUCAAAGCUCUCCAAGCUCCCCACCACACCAAGAGCAAAGCCCGAACAGUGACCUACACAGUUCUCCACGGCCUAGCCCAUCUGGCCUCGAGUCCUGCCCCUGCACAAGCCGUUCCAGCUGUGCUGACUAACUUGUUUCAGGAGCACUCCUGCCUCAGGGUCUUUGCCCUAGCUGCUCCUCCUGCCUGGAACACUCUUCCUCUAGAUAGCUGCAUGACUCAGAUUUCCUCUCCUCUCCACCUUCAAAUGUGUGUUCAGCUUGCCUACCCACUGUUUUAAAUUAUACCCUCCCCUGUGCUUCCAUUCCCUCCCUUUCUGCAUCCAUCUUUUUGCUCCAUAGCACUGUUACCCUCUGUAGGUUUUAUUUGGUGUUUCCCUGAUUAAAGCACAUGCUCCGGGGGCAGGGAUUUGGGUCUGUGUUGUUCACUGCUGUUAUGUUCAGAACCUAAAAGUACAGCUGGCAUGUGGUAGAUACCUAAUAAAUAUCUGCUGAUAAAACAA